CAUGAUUUUCAAUUCCACACAAGGUCGAACUGUGCCAAACGGCCCAUCCGCCAUGGCCUUGGACCGGCGCCGCUUAGUGCGGAUCGAGGAGCUGGCGAAUGAGGUGCUUCGAACGCAGGAGGAGCUCGUCAGCCUGGAUCGCCAGAAGAACGGCCGUCGCGAGGCCUUGGGCGCCUUUCGUCGGAACGAGGCCCCAGUGAGGAACUCGCAUUGGAUUGCGACCUCGGGGCAGUUCAUCCGGCUACCCGGCAAGACCGCGAGGGCCUGGCUCUCGGAGCAGCAAGAAGAGACCGAUGCUCAGAUUGCCGCUGCCCGACAGAAGCUGAAGGUGCAGAUGCAAGCCUUGCUGGCCGAGCACCCACAGGUCACGGACCUCCAGUCGGGCGUGUGCGAGUUGCUGACGGAGGUGAAGGACGGCAGCGAGGAAACGUCGAAUCAACUGAAGGAGGAGGAGACGGGCGAAAGAAAAAGGAAUGUCUUGGAUUACUCUCGCUUCGAUGGCAUCGUCGCCUCAGACUCGGAGGAGGACUAGCGAAAAAGAUGGCGGCUCCCGGCGGCAGGUGCACUAUCGGGCCAGGUGGUGAGGUCACAGAUGACCAGGUGGACGCUGCUGGGAACUCCAAGCCCUGCUACAGGGCCCUACUACAGCCCUGGAUCAUCAUGUUCAUUGGACGUUGCCUCACGUGCUCCGGCUCCUCAUGUUGAUGUUUGAGACUAAUUGAACCUAUGGGAUGCACUGGGGAUGCGAAGAGAUGUGGAGAUAUAGUCAGACAACAUUAGCAAUCAUGGGCACGCCAAAAAGACUGCCAACCAAGUCUUCAAAAAGGACAUGCUUUGCAGUUCCAUAUUGUCCUGAGAAGGCCCAAAGGUGUUCUCCACGUAUCAUACCAUGCAGUAAAGACGUAUAGAUCGUAUCACGCCAGUCCAGGGGUCCACGGUUCUCGGAACACGGCGGCCGUCUACGGCAUUGCCGUCGGGUGUUAGCG